AUGGCUCACACUGCAUUUACAGCGACCGAGUUCAAAGAUUUACUUUCUAGCACGAGCCUUAAAGUUGUAGAAGAACAGUUAGUUCCACUAUUAGCUCAUGUAGCGAAAACUGGAUCCCCCGUUGAUUUGCAAGAGGUGUGUUCGAGAUUUGCUUUCGUUAUCAGCAUGAACGCUACAUUCGGACUAAUGCGCUUGUUCAAUAUUGGUUGGGAAAGAGAGUGCACUAAAGCUCUUAAAAUAAUAGAGGCACGCUUCUACCAACUUAUUUCUCAAAAGAGGAAUGACAUGCUGCGUGGAAUAAAAAGUUUCGAUCUCUUAUCGUCUCACAUCAAAGCUAGAGAACAAAUUAGUACUAAUAUUUCUUCAUUGCCAACUAAAAAUGAUGACAAAUUCCUUAGGGAUACCAUGUUGAGUUUGUUUGCAGCCGGAAAUGACGCAGUAUCAUCUGGUCUCAUUUGGUUCUUCUGGUUGGUUUUCAAGACCCCUGUUGUCGAAGCAAAGAUCUUGGAAGAAUUGAAACUUUUAUUUCCUCGGAAAAGAGAUUUUGAUGCACGCAAUUUGAGUGGGCUAGUGUAUUUGCAUGCAGCCAUAUGUGAAUCGCUAAGAUUAUAUCCGCCGAUUCCUCUAAACGGUAAAACCGCUUUAAAGGAAGUUGUGCUUCCAGAUGGUAGCUUAGUAAAACAAGGAAUGCAAAUAAUAAUCUCAAACUAUUCGGUUGGAAGAAUGUCAUGGAUUUGGGGUGAAGAUUGUCUGGAGUUUAAGCCAGAGAGAUGGAUAGACGAUAAUGGGAAGCUAAUUCGCCAUGGAAACAUGUCAAAAUUUGUUUCAUUCAAUUUAGGACCAAGGACUUGUUUAGGCAAAGAUAUGGCAUUUACACAAAUCAAGGCUGUUGCUGCAACUGUUCUCUUCAAUUUUCAAGUUGAAGUAUUGGAAGGCCAACAUAGUUCCCUUAAACCAGCUUUUACGCUUCAUAUGGAGAAAGGAUUAAAAGUCAAGCUACAAAAGAGAGUUAUUUGA